AAUAUCCCCUUCCCUCCCCCCGAAGGGAAACCAUUGGUUUGCGGCUGUGUGAGGCUGGGUACGAGAGCGUUCGAGGCAGGACAGGAAGAGAAAGACGUCCAGAAGGGUACAGGACUUGUGCACGGAAAAUGGCCAAUGUCAAAGUAAAGAUCGGCAUCUUUGGCGGAACCGGGGUCGAUAAUCCAAAUAUCAUGACAGACAGACAAGAAAAGUUUGUAGACACUCCGUUUGGCAAGCCCUCAGAUGCCUUGAUCACAGGAAAUAUACAAGGUGUUGAGUGUGUUCUGAUUGCCAGGCAUGGACGCAAACACACUGUCAUGCCAACAGAUAUCAACUACCGCGCAAACGUCUGGGCUCUAAAAGAAGAGGGCUGUACCCAUAUUGUCGUAACAACAGCUUGUGGCUCCCUUACUGAAGCGUAUAGACCUGGAGAGAUAGUAUUCCCUGAUCAAAUUAUCGAUCGGACCACUAAAAGGCCCUCGACAUUCUACGAUGGUCAAACAAACAGCCCAGUCGGUGUUUGUCACAUUCCAAUGCAUGACCCAUACUGCUCCGUUACUAAACAGAUUCUCGCUAAUGAGGCGCAAAAACUAGGGAUUCCCCACCAUGCCUCAGGAGUGAAUGUUGUGAUCGAAGGUCCGCGAUUCUCUACACGUGCAGAGAGCAGGAUGUUCCGAGCGUGGGGCGGAGAAAUCAUCAGUAUGACAGCCAUGCCUGAGGUUGCACUAGCCAAUGAGGCGGGACUAUGCUACGCUGCUAUUGCCAUGGUAACAGACUACGACUGCUGGAGGGACGAUCAUGCACCCGUUACGGUUGAGUCAGUGAUUGCGACGUUUAAAGUAAACGUGGCUAACGCCAUCAAGAUAUUAAUAGCCGCUAUUCCCGAGAUUGCAGCAAAAGACUGGACAGAAAUAAUCAACGAGAGAAAGAAUACCGCAAAAUCGGCAGUGAUGAUGCCAGCAAACUAAUGUAAUCUCCUAUUCAAGCCUGUAUAUGAACAAGAAAUGAUUAAAAAAAGUAACGGAG